AUGGCCUCCUUCCAGCACGCAGUUGAGGACCUGAAGCGCAAGGCUGACUUAGAGCGUGGCCGCGCCGCUGUGCAGUCUGGCGAGGCUUUGCCGGCACAGGACCCAGCAGGCUACUACAGCCUCGCAGGGCGCGGGCCCUUGGCGCUCCAGGCAAGAUGA